CUUUUUCCAUAAUUAAAUUUUCUUUUCUUUUUAUAUUAAAAUAUCAUUGUUUUUGCUUCUUAGUUUUGAUCCUGUUAUUCCCUCAUCACAUCUGAAUAUCUCAUGCCGAAGACCGUGCGUUGAAAUCUAACAAGCAAUCGUGUUUUGCUACCUUCUUGCCAUCAUCAAGGUUCAAAAUGGACUAUCGAUGGACCAAUGGUAGGCAGGAAACCGGUGGCCGUGACAGGAGGCAAUCUAAGAGGGAACAGGCAUAUGAGGAAUCUCUCAUUGAGGAUUUGGCAGAGGAUUUUCGUUUGCCAAUUAACCACAGGCCGACAGAAAAUGUUGAUCUGGACAAUGUAGAGCAAGCAUCUCUGGACACACAGUUAACAUCAUCUAAUAUUGGCUUUAAGCUUCUCCAAAAGAUGGGAUGGAAAGGAAAAGGUCUUGGGAAGGAUGAACAAGGAAUCAUUGAGCCAAUAAAAUCUGGGAUUAGAGAUCCUAGACUGGGGGUUGGGAAGCAAGAAGAAGAUGAUUUCUUUACUGCAGAAGAAAAUAUCCAGCGGAAAAAACUUGAUGUUGAAUUGGAGGAGACAGAAGAACAUAUGAAGAAGCGGGAGGUGUUAGCUGAACGUGAGCAAAAAAUUCAAACUGAAGUGAAAGAAAUCCGAAAGGUGUUUUAUUGUGAUCUCUGCAACAAGCAAUACAAGCUGGCAAUGGAGUUUGAAGCACACUUGAGCUCUUAUGAUCACAAUCACAGAAAGCGUUUCAAACAAAUGAAGGAAAUGCAUGGUAGUAGUAGUCGGGACGAUAGGCAAAAGCGAGAACAACAGCGUCAAGAGAGAGAAAUGGCAAAGUUUGCUCAAAUUGCUGAUGCUCAAAAGCAGCAACGACUUCAACUGCAAGAAGAGUCUGGAUCAGCAACAGUUUCCUCUGAAUCUAGAACUGCUACAGCACUCACAGAUCAGGUGCAGCGAAAUACUUUGAAGUUUGGGUUUUCUUCUAAAGGCAGUGGCUCCAAGAUUACAAUUGGUGUCAAGAAGCAAAAUGUUGCAAAGAAGCAAAAUGUUCCAAUCUCCUCUAUAUUUAGUAAUGAUAGUGAUGAUGAAUAAUGUAAAAAUGCAGUGACGUACCAGCGUGAUGACAUAUCUCCUCCAAGAGCGUGAUUUGGUUUGCAUUAGAUGUUUUAUUUGAUAUUUAUGGCCAUCCUCAGUUCAAGAGGAAGAUAACAUUUGGGAUUGUGUGUAAUUUGGAGAGUUUGUUAGACCAAAAAUGUUACUUGUUAUGUUUGCAUGGAUUUUAUGUUUUACGUGAGUGCCAUGGUUUGUUAAGCUUCCAUACUUACACUGAUACUUAAGACUUGAA